CAAAAGAGAAAAAAUGGCCACGUCGUACCUUCCUUUCUGCCCAUCGCCGGCUUCACUCGCCGGAAAGAUCUCAAGCUUCCAAAGCAGCUUUCUUUCUUCCCACCAUCCCGUAUUCUCCAGGAAACCAUGCUCUCAGUCUCCUCCUCUCACAUGCCGGCCACCAGCAGCUUCUUCUGCAACCUCUUCUCUGAUCACAGAUUUCGACCUCUACGAUCUCCUCGGAAUCGAUAGCUCAAGCAACCAUUCCCAAAUCAAAGUGGCUUACAGAGCGCUUCAGAAGCGAUGCCACCCGGACAUCGCCGGCCCAGCUGGCCACGACAUGGCAAUCGUGCUCAACGAGGCUUACUCUGUUCUCUCCGAUCCGAAUUCGCGCCACGCUUAUGACAAGGUCUGAACUUUACGCCUCUUUGUCCAAAGGGUCACUUCAAGUUCCGUUCUUUUCUUGGCGAUUCGGUCUGAAAAUUGGAUUGUGAAACAGGAACAAGCGAAGCUGGCCGAGCUACGUGGGUAUACAGGGAAGCCGCUGUACUCGACGUGGGUGGGUUCGGAGAGCGAGCAGAGAGCUGUGUUCGUCGACGAAGUGAAGUGCGUUGGUUGCUUGAAGUGCGCCUUGUUUGCAGAGAAGACGUUUGGGAUCGAAUCGGUUUAUGGGAGAGCAAGGGUUGUUGCGCAGUGGGCUGACCCUGAACCCAAGAUUAAUGCCGCCAUUGAUUCAUGUCCUGUUGAUUGCAUCUCCGUCGUGGAGAGAGCGGAUUUGGCUGCCUUGGAGUUCCUGAUGUCGAAGCAGCCACGGGGGAAUGUGAGGAUCGGCGCAAGCAAUUCAGCAGGACAGCGAGUCUCGAACAUCUUCGUUGAUGUGAAGAAGUUCAGAAACAGAGUAGCAGACGCCACUGACCCGAACUCCUCUAGGGAGGCGGACCUGCAAAGAGAGGCAAGGAUGUCAGCAAUUCAGACAAUCAGAUCACUCUGGUUGUACUGGCAAGCACCAAAGCAUGCAUCAUCCACUCAACGCAGCUUGAAAUUUCUCCCACUUCCACGACAACAAACAUCAACCGAGCCAGACAUUAAGAAGAUCCACCAGGCUGCCGAGGCAAGAAGACAGGCAAGAGAGAGCACCGGCCCCGUUCGUCCUGCUGCAGUGAGUCCAGAACAGGAUGAAUACUGGGUGCCGUCUACACGAGGUCUUCCAUCCUCAUCAACUACUGACAAGAAAGCCGACUCGAAGUCAGCAGUGAAAGCUGGGUCGAGGAAGGUGAACAAGGGGAGAAGAUAUGCAGUUGAAAAGGAGAGGAAGAGGAGCUUGACGAUCCCAGCGGUGGCAGCAACAGUUGCGGCUGUUUUAGUUCACCUGCAAGUUGGGGGAAGGGAAGUGGUGAGCGGGGGAUUGAAUGAACAUAUAGGUGGUUCUUUUGCGCUUGAUGUUGUGAACAGCUCGCUGAUGCAGGUCUCAUUAGCAUGGAUGACCUGGUUCUUUAUUGGAGCCGCUGCUGUUGAGCUAGGUGAAGCCAUCAGGAACAACAGAUCAUAGGGAUGUAGUAUAUAGAAUACAACUUUAGAUGGAUAUUUUACUUGUAUAUGGAACUGGUAUUCGUAUAAAUGUAGACAAAC